AACUAUUUUCGGAAGACAAGAGUUGUAAACGAAGAUAACAAAAAGUGACACCUCAGUACAAUUAAUUUAGAUGCAAGCCUCUUAAUGUUUAACAUGCAUUAGAUAACGUGCCGUGUCUUGUGUACGACUUCAAAUCUUUGGCGUGCCAGGUGUCCUAUGCUACAGUGCUAUGCAAAGUGAGCUGAUACUUGGGGUCAUUUGGUUGUAACGUUUUUGCUGAUUUGUGCUGUAAAAUGGCAAAAGUUGACAUUUGGAUAAUAUUACUGACCAGUUUCCAUGUUUUAUGUAUUCACACAGCGGAUGGCAAAACGACAGCCCAACACGGACAACAUGGCCACACAACUGACGGAAAUAUGGACAAUACAACACCUUCAAUAAGCAUGACAACUGUGUAUCGAGAUUGCAACGACAGUAUACCCAAUUGCGAGGUGUUAAACGAAACUCUUCUAAUAUGCAAAGACAUCAGGAAUGCUAUGAAACUUUGCCAAAAGUUCUGCAUAUUAUGUAAUGUUGUUAACGGUGGAUGGGCGCAUUGGGGCAAUUUCUCAACCUGUGACGUCACUUGCGGAAACGGAACUCAACUUCGCACGAGAGAAUGCUCCUCACCGAAACCAGAGAAUGGAGGUCUGCAAUGCGAUGGACCUGCAAACGAGACUGUGCCGUGCAACCUCGGCCUUUGUCCUGUGCAUGGAGGCUGGAGCGAGUGGGAAAAUUGGGGCUCGUGCAGUGUCACGUGCGGGGCGGGUCUGCGCAGACGCGACCGGAACUGCGACAACCCAUUUCCCUCAGUUGACGGCCACCACUGCUUUGGUGAAAGCAUAAAUUAUGAGAUCUGCAACGAACCAAGCUGUAACCAUUUAGUAUCUACGGAGGUGCCGGUGGUAAUGUUUAGCGCUCGUAACCUUUCAAACACGAGUCUACACAGUAACGAGAGCGCGAUCUACAUCCACAUCGAGACAAACGACGGCGGAGGCUACAACAACGUCACGGGAAAGUUCACGGCCCCGGUAAGCGGCCUGUACACGUUCACGGUUCAGUACUGCGUCAAAGCAAGAACAGUCGGUAACCUGGAGCUUGUUCAGAACGGGAACCCUUUGCAACGAGGAGAGAUUGUUGGUGCCGAGUAUGCACAGUGUGCGAGUCUUCAGGCGCUUUCUAAGGUCCCGAAGGGGGAUAGGGUCUGGGUACGUUGCACCAAUGAUUCAGAAUUUUACCAGGACGAUCCGUAUCGAUGGGCCACCUUUUCCGGCGCUUUGGUUCACAGAUACUUUUCCGAAAGUGUGAGUGGUCAGAUAUUUGUAGGAUAGGAGUUAAAUGCAUGGAUCUAUUACAUUUAAUUGUAACACGCCGGCUAUUUGAGUGAUUGAUGAUUAAUGUAAUGCGCUGAUACAUUUUCCAAUUGUUAUUAUAUGAUAAUCACAAGGUAAGGUUAAGACAUAUACAUGUAAUUUAAUAUCAUUUGAAAACAAUGCUCUGUUUUGAACAUGUCAUCAUUUGUAUUCGAUAUUAAAAUAAACCUCUUUCUCCCAA